AGGGGGGUAGGUUAAAGCCAGAUUUUUAUUGGAAGCAAUUGAGUGGUUGCUAUGAGACCCGCUCAGAGCACAGGACCAACAGCCAGCCCCGCGCUGAUGGUUCUUACCUCGUCCUAAACCUCUCUUUUGACACAGUUUUAGAGUUGCUUAAUCUCUGAGCAAGCACCUGACACGGGCGACUUUUUCCUUCUUUAUUCUCCUCCAGUCCCUCCGGUAAGAUGGAGGUAGAAAACGAAGCCAGCUGCUCCCCCAGCAGCGCGACAGCCUCAGGCGGGUCCAGAGAGUACAAGGUGGUAAUGCUGGGAGCAGGGGGAGUUGGUAAAAGCGCAAUGACAAUGCAGUUUAUUAGCCAUCAGUUCCCUGAUUACCAUGAUCCCACUAUUGAAGAUGCUUAUAAGACCCAGGUUAGGAUUGACAAUGAGCCAGCUUAUUUGGACAUCUUGGACACUGCUGGUCAGGCAGAGUUCACAGCCAUGCGGGAGCAGUACAUGCGAGGUGGGGAGGGCUUCAUCGUCUGCUACUCUGUCACCGACCGCCAGUCAUUCCAGGAGGCUGCCAAGUUUAAAGAGCUCAUUUUUCAGGUCCGUCACACCUACGAAAUACCCCUGGUGCUGGUGGGCAACAAAAUUGACCUGGAACAGUUCCGCCAGGUCUCUACAGAAGAAGGCUUGGGUCUGGCCCGAGAAUAUAACUGUGCUUUUUUUGAGACCUCUGCAGCCCUCCGAUUCUGCAUUGAUGAUGCCUUUCAUGGUUUAGUGAGAGAGAUUCGCAAGAAGGAGUCAGUGCCUUCACUGACGGGAAAGAAACUGAAGAGGAAAGACAGCCUGUGGAAGAAGUUAAAGGGCUCAUUGAAGAAGAAGAGAGAAAACCUGGCAUGUUAGCCUCACUUUUAACUCCCUCUCUUUCUGAAUUUUAUCAGUUGGACAAUUCCAGAUGUUUCAUUCUGCUUUAAUUCUCUCUCUUUCUCUCUCUCUCUCUCUCUCUCUCUCUCUCUCUCUCUCUCUCUCUCCUUCUCUCACUCUGACUCAUAUCUGCCUGUAGGUAAAAGCAAGAUCUGCAUAACUGUACCUCUUGAGAUAGUUUUGUUUUGCCCUUAACAGUUGGAUGAGUUUUGUCAAUCAGUUGGAUAUGCUGUUUAGUUUUUAUAAUAUAUGACUAA